AAUCUUGUCCUCGGAACACACUCUCUCUAUGAGAGCAAUUAGAUUCAGCAGCGCUCCCGUUGCCUCUGCAAUGACUCAUUGAAACAUCUUCUGCGCUGAUAAAGCCGCAUCUCUAUUCUCCCGCACCACACACACACACACACACUCACGCACGCACACACACGCACACAGGACGUAUGGUUGGGCUGCCUUCAGUGCUUCGGGAGUGCUGCGCUUCUGACUUUGGAUUUGCGGAGCGGCAGGCUGGACGUGGACUUUAUUCUAUUUUUUUUUCGUGCGUCGGGUGUUUUGGGCGUCAAGUCGGGACUUACAGAGCGGAGUGAGGCGGUGCAGAUCCGGGUUGAGGAUAUUGGAUCAAGCUGGAGCUCAGGUAACCAAUCAGAGUCCUAGGCUUUCUCCUUCUCUGGACGGGGGGAGUCGUACAGCGGCUGCAGAUCUCCAAGCAGGCUCUCAUGAUGGGGAGCACUGAGAAAGCUGCUCUUAUUGGCUGGAGCUCUUUGGUUCAGCUCGCAGCCUGAGGAGGAACAGGAAGUAUCUUGGUGGAGGGGCAGGGGGGGGGGGCGCGCCAAAGGACGACCCGAGGGUGGACCGUAACCACGACCUGCCAGGCUCAGGCUCAGCACCGCGGGAGCAUGUCAGCGUCCGGAGUCUCUUCAUGGAUGUGUCGCUCCACGGCCGGGGUCAACCCCCUGCUGUUGGUGGGGCUAGCGUCCAUUUUUGCGGCCGCUGCUCAGACCCAGCAGCACCCCGUCGUCACCACUAAUUACGGGAAAUUGCGAGGAGUGAAGGUUACGUUACCCAACGAGAUCCUUGGACCGGUGGAGCAGUAUUUGGGGAUCCCGUACGCACUCGCCCCUAUAGGGGAGCGGAGAUUCCAGGCGCCGGAGCCGCCCAUGUCCUGGCCGGGAAUCAGGAAUGCUACUCAGUUUGCUCCGGUUUGUCCUCAGUUCUUAGAGGACCGCUUUUUACUCAACGAUAUGCUGCCGGUGUGGUUCACGGCUAACUUGGAUACAGUGGUUACCUACGUGCAGGAGCAGAGCGAGGACUGCCUUUACCUGAACAUCUACGUCCCCACAGAGGACGAUAUCCACGAUGAGAACGGGUUAAAGCCGGUCAUGGUUUACAUCCACGGCGGCUCCUACAUGGAAGGAACCGGCAACAUGAUCGACGGCAGCAUCCUGGCGAGCUACGGGAACGUCAUCGUCAUCACUAUCAACUACCGGCUCGGCGUUCUGGGGUUUCUAAGCACAGGAGACCAGGCAGCCAAAGGGAACUACGGCCUGCUGGAUCAGAUUCAGGCUCUCCGGUGGAUCAAAGAGAACAUCCAGGCCUUCAAAGGAGACCCGAAGAGAGUGACCAUCUUUGGAUCUGGAGCCGGAGCGUCGUGCGUCAGCCUGCUCACCCUCUCCCAUUACUCAGAGGAUCUGUUCCAGAAAGCCAUCAUCCAGAGUGGCACGGCGCUGUCCAGCUGGGCGGUGAACUACCAGCCCGCCAAGUACACGCGAGCGCUGGCUGAGAAGGUGGGCUGCAACAUGCUGGACACCAUCGACCUGGUGGAGUGUCUGCAGAACAAGAACUACAAGGAGCUGAUCGAGCAGUACAUCACGCCCGCCAAGUACCACAUCGCCUUCGGGCCUGUGAUCGACGGCGACGUCAUCCCGGACGACCCGCAGAUCCUCAUGGAGCAAGGGGAGUUCCUCAACUAUGACAUCAUGCUGGGGGUCAAUCAGGGGGAGGGGUUUAAGUUUGUGGACGGGAUCGUGGACAGCGAGGACGGAGUGUCCGCCAACGAUUUUGACUUUGCGGUGUCGGACUUUGUGGAUCACCUCUAUGGUUACCCCGAGGGGAAGGACACUCUGCGCGAGACCAUCAAGUUCAUGUACACGGACUGGGCCGACAAGGAGAACCCAGAGACCCGACGCAAGACCCUGGUGGCGCUGUUCACCGACCACCAGUGGGUGGCGCCGGCAGUCGCCACAGCAGACCUCCACGCCCAGUACGGAUCGCCCACCUACUUCUACGCUUUCUACCACCACUGUCAAAGCGACAUGAAGCCCAGCUGGGCCGACUCGGCGCACGGCGAUGAAGUCCCGUACGUGUUUGGAAUCCCCAUGAUCGGGCCGACGGAUCUCUUCAACUGCAACUUCUCCAAGAACGAUGUGAUGCUGAGCGCCGUGGUCAUGACCUACUGGACCAACUUCGCUAAAACAGGGGAUCCAAACCAGCCGGUCCCACAGGACACAAAGUUCAUCCACACGAAGCCAAACCGGUUCGAGGAGGUGGCGUGGACCAAGUACAACCCCAAAGACCAGCUCUACCUUCACAUCGGCCUCAAACCUCGAGUUCGAGACCAUUACCGCGCCACCAAGGUCGCUUUCUGGUUGGAACUGGUCCCCCAUCUGCACAACAUCAAUGAAUUCUUUCAGUACGUGUCAACCACCACAAAGAUACCUCCGCAGGACACCACGCCCUACCCUUACACAAAACGCUUUCCUGGUAAGAACAACUGGCCCUCCACCACCCGCCACCCGGGUGUCCCGCCCGCCAACACCAAACAGACCACUGACCAGCGCAAGAGCGGCGACCUGACCGACGAGUCGACGGUGGUGAUCGAGACGAAGAGGGACUACUCCACGGAGCUGAGCGUGACCAUCGCGGUCGGAGCGUCGCUGCUCUUUCUGAACAUCCUCGCCUUCGCCGCGCUCUACUACAAGAAGGACAAGCGGCGGCACGAGUCCAACCGCCGCGUCCCCACCCCUCAGCGCAACUCCAAUCCGUCCAACACGCCGUCCACCGCCAACGACGUGGCCCACCUGCAGAGCGAGGAGCUGAUGUCCCUGCAGAUGAAGCAGCAGCAGCUGGAGCUCGAGCACCACCACGAGUGCGAGACGAUGCAGACCCACGACACGCUGCGCCUCACCUGCCCGCCCGACUACACCCUCACCCUGCGGCGGUCGCCUGACGACAUACCCCUCAUGACCCCCAGCACCAUCACCAUGAUCCCCAACUCUCUGGCUGGCAUGCAGCCUCUGCACAACUUCAACACGUUUGGUGGCAGCCAGAACAGUACCAACUUACCCCACGGCCACUCCACCACGCGGGUAUAGCUCCAGCGGGACGGGACGCCGCCGGAUUCUCUCUGGACCGGCCAGCAACCUCGCAAGGCAAGACGAGAUCAAACUGUGUGAAGCACAGGCUCAGCAGAUGUUAUUUUGCUACCACGCCUUCUUGAGAAGUAUUUACAACAUGAAUGGAAAGUGAACUUCAAAGUGAAUGUUCUUAUAGUGAUAACUCUAUUUGAAGGUUUCAGAGUUUGACCAAAAGACGAGGCGAGCAGGGCGGCGACUGUGAGCGUUCUUACAACACGACGGGAACAGUUUGAGUGCGAAGCUUCUGCUGAGGCUUUUGUGCCAUAAAUACUCAACAGUUAGACGACGGCAGCAGCUGUUGAAAAGCAACAAUUGAGCGUCUGGGACUGCGUCAGACACUUGGGCACACAAUUCUACACCCCAGCCUGAAAUGUAUUUAUGAAACUUUGUAUAAAAGAGAAAACAAGAAAAAAAGCUAUAUCGAUGUGUGUGGAAUUUUAAAAAUGUCAAAAAAAAGAAGAAAAAUAUUCAAAGAGCUCCUCCUGUUAUUGUUUUCUUUUUCGGGCUGAGAUCUUUUUUUUUUUUUUUUUGGUUUUUCUUUUCCAGGUUGUAGAUUUUUUUUCCGUUCCGGUGCGUGUAAAUAUCCCUGAAACAUUCGUCAUUCUGUUUCUGAUUACGACCCGUGUUUCAUCUGUUUGUUUGUUUUUUUACAGAAUGACCAAAAUGCGAACACAAUCCCACCCUCGGAGAGUUGCACAGUGUGCGUCUGCAGGCCACCUCAUCCAGCACUGUCUCGUGUGUUGCUUUUUUCGUUUCACUCUUUUUCCACAUUGCAUGUGCAGGACGAGCUUUUCCUCUCCGUUUUUCAGACGAGUCUCGCGUCUGACAAGGACGACUCGCCCCGCUCCCAUCACCUGCCGCCAUCCUGUUCUGCUCUCGCUAGUUUUCUUUGUGGGCUUUUUUCUGUCUUGCGAUCUCGGCGUUGCCUGAGCUUACAAUGUGACCAGCAAUGUAUUAUUUAGACAUAAAACAGGCAGCGGGUUUUUGUAUCGAUAUUAGUUGGAUAUGUUUGUAAAGAAAUAUAUGUUAGAUAUUUCAAAUUGUCAUAUGCUAGCAAUAUGUAAAGUAUUGUGCCGGGCUUGUGAUACUUUGGGUUACAAAAAGCAAGUGAAUGAGUGUAAAUAUUAAUGAUAUUAAUUAUUAUAAAAUGACAAACAUUAACUCUCGUUCUGUUUUGCAUCCUAUUACAACAAAAAAAAAAUGGACGAACAUCCAGAAGAUUUUAAGCUACGUUUGUAAAUUCUAUAAAAGAUAUAUUCUUGCCGUUUGGCCCCGAGACCAGUCGAGACAACGAGGGUUUUAAUGUGGACUUUGGGAAAUCUUUAGUUUGUCUUUUAUUUGUUUGCAGUUUUGCCUUAAGUGAUGAUAGAGAUAUUUCUGGCUGGACACCUGUAUAAACUUUUUCUGCAACAUUUUUAAUAAAAUAUCACAGUAUUUUCUAAAAAAAAAGAGAACAGAGA